GCUCGCUCAGGUUGCGGUGAGGGGGGCCCUUCUCAAGCCCAGCGAGAAGCUUGUCGGUGGGAGGCAAAAUGGCGGAGGACGACAAGUUCGAGGCUGUGGCGCCGUUGGGGGAGGCCGAAGAGGCGGCCGCCAACGACCACGAGCGGCCCCAGAACGAAGAGGCGGGCGGGAUGGCCAUGCCCGAGAGCGGCGACGGCGCCAACGGUGUUAAAAUGGAAAAUGAUGAAACAGUAAAAGAUGAGACACCACCUGUGAAACCAAAGUAUAUUUCGAAACCGAAGGCUAUCCCAUCUCUUGGGCACAGGAAUAGAUUUCAUCCAUACACAAAGGAGAAGAGUGCAGGCACUGGAGAAAAGAAGACCAUUAACCGUAACAGAGUAUUCAUUAGCAACAUCCCAUAUGACAUGAAAUGGCAAUCUAUUAAAGAUCUUAUGAGAGAGAAAGUUGGUGAGGUUACAUACGUGGAGCUGUUUAAGGAUGCAGAAGGAAAAUCAAGGGGUUGUGGUGUGGUUGAAUUCAAAGAUGAAGAAUUUGUCAAGAAGGCACUGGAAACUAUGAAUAAAUAUGACCUUAAUGGAAGACCACUGAACAUAAAAGAGGAUCCAGAUGGUGAACAUGCCCGCAGGGCAUUGCAGCGUGGGAGUGGACCAUUCACAGGAGGACAUGGCCCAGAUAUAGCACCUGGCUUGAUGAAUUUACCACCUUCUAUUCUUAAUAAUCCAAACAUUCCUCCUGAGAUUAUCAGCAAUCUGCAAGCCGGCAGGCUUGGGUCCACCAUAUUUGUUGCCAAUCUUGACUUCAAAGUUGGUUGGAAGAAAUUAAAGGAGGUAUUCAGCAUUGCUGGUACUGUAAAACGUGCAGAUAUUAAAGAAGACAAAGAUGGCAAAAGUCGAGGAAUGGGAACAGUGACUUUUGAACAGGCAAUUGAAGCUGUUCAAGCAAUAUCUAUGUUCAAUGGACAGUUCUUGUUUGACAGACCCAUGCAUGUGAAAAUGGAUGACAAAUCAAUUCCUCAUGAUGAUUUCCGCGUAGCAGAUAGCAAAACACCACAGUUACCCCGUGGUCUUGGAGGCAUUGGAAUGGGACUUGGACCUGGUGGACAGCCUAUAAGUGCAACCCAGCUGAGCAUGGGUGGUGGAAUGGGAAGCGUGGCCCCAGGAGGAAUGGCGGUAGAUGGUCCAGGCUUUGGAGGAAUAAACAGAAUGGCUGGAGGUGUUGGUGCAUUCGGUGGCAUGAAAGGAAUGGCAAACAUGGGAGGAUUUGGUGGAGUCAACCGAAUGGGAGAGAUGUUCCGUGGUGGAAUGGGAGGCAGUAUCGAUAGAGACUUUGGUCGAAGUGAUAUGGCUAUGAACCGGGGCUUUGGAGACUCAUUUGGAAGAAUGGGUGGUGCAAUGGUUGGUGGUUUUGCAGGAGGAAUGGGAGCUUCUAAUAUGGGCCCAGUAGGAUCUGGAAUGACAGGUAGCGGAUUAAGCGGCAUGAACAGUAUGACUGGCGGGAUGGGAAUGGGAAUGGGAAUGGAUCGGAUGAGCUCCAGUUUUGAUCGAAUGGGCCCAACCAUGGGAACUGGCCUGGACAGGAAUAUCGAUAUGGAUCGAGGAUUUGUGCCUGGUCCAAUGGGAAGUGGUGUGAGAGAUCGAGUAGGCUCCAAAGGCAACCAAAUAUUCGUCAGAAAUCUUCCUUUUGACUUGACCUGGCAGAAGCUUAAGGAAAAAUUCAGCCAGUGUGGUCAUGUAAUGUUUGCAGAAAUAAAAAUGGAGAAUGGAAAAUCGAAAGGCUGUGGAACAGUCAGAUUUGACUCACCCGAAUCAGCAGAAAAGGCCUGUAGAAUAAUGAACGGCAUAAAAAUCAGUGGCAGAGAAAUUGACGUACGUUUGGAUCGCAUUGCAUAAUUUAUAACUACAUGUUGAGGAACAUUCCUUUUGCCGGUUUAGCUUCUCUCUCUCUCUCUCUCUCUCUCUCCCCACCCCUCCCACUACUAGUAAGUCAUUUUAGUAACAUUGUAUGCUUUACUUGAGUUGGAAAAACAAAACUUUUAAAAACCCACCAGCCUUUAACAGUAUAGUGUUUAAUAUACUGUAAACUUGUUGACUGACUCUUACUACAUUUUGGUUUUUGAAGAGAACUUUCCUGACUUGUUCAGUGGUAUGAGUAUCCACAUUUUCUCGUGAAGUAUAGAAGCUGUGGCUAUUUAAUACCUCUCCAAAAUCAUGCUAAGUGUCUCUAGUCAUUCAGUUUAAAUGAAUGGUUCUACUGUUUUUAAUAAAACAAGCCAUUUUCUCUGUUUAACAAAGACUGUAUAGUGAGACUUGUUUUGUGUGAGAUUUCCCCAUACUGCAAUUGUAAUGUAAAGCGUGUGUCUUCCUUUCCUCUGCAUUUGUUUUUACAUGCAUUUAUAGUCACUGCUACUCCGGUCUCUGAAAGGCAAUGCUCUCAUUCUUGAUAGUUUUGAGCUUUACAGUGAUUUUUAUGUCAUGAUGUGGAAUUUCUGUAAAUAAGUUUUAGAGCCCAAAGGGAAUUCUGGAGUUUUUCAUUUGACUAAAUGAAGAAAGACUUUUCA